AUGGCCCUUGAAGACCAGGUUGACCCACUAGCAGCCGUCGCCUCAGAGGCCAAGGUAUCCAAACCGGCAAAGCCAAACCCCACACUCAAGCCCAAGCCUGGUAAGGAAAUCUCGCGGCCCAAGUUCGAGCCGACCUACCUUCCUCACGACGCGACCACCCCCCUAUCAGCACCAGGCUGGGUCGUCCCUCUCUCGGCCCCGGCGUAUUUCCCCCUCGACCUCUUCCACUCCGUCCUCCAGGAGCAGUCGUUGCAUCCCGAGCAGAACUCGAGUCUCAUUCUGCGCGCCGAGAAGCUUCCUGGCAUCCCGGCCACGGAUGCGGUGGACGACGCAUUGGCAGCGCACAUCGGUGUGGAUCCCGUGCCGAUCGAGAGACUACGUGUCCGCUUUGUGCCACGACAGGUGCACCGCGACGCCAGACUCUGCCAGCGCAAUGCAGCGUACUCAUCCGACGACGGGCGGCUCGGUUUUGUCGUCAAGACGCCCGAAGUGAUCUCGGCAGCUGAAAUGCCAUACUACCACCCGCCAGUGAGGCAGUUAGGGUUCAUGUGGAAAGCCGACGAGACCGGCGAACCUCAAGAAGGGGAUGGUCCUCGCGUUUACGGUCGCAUCUACAUUGGAUACCUCCCAUUCGAGGACUCGCCGACGCCUGCAGGCGACGUCUUAGGCCCUCCGCCGAAACCUCAGCGGAAGCGCUCUCCCCUCGCCGGGCCGUCAUCCGCCACUGAGGUCGUCGCACCGCCCGCCACUGUCCUUGAAGACGACACACCCGAGGGUCGCGAAGAGGCCCGCGUAGCAGCCGAGCGCCGCCUCCAGCGCACCUGCCUGCAUCUCCUCGAGAAGCUGCACAAGCACGGCCAUGGUACCGCGCACGGCUACGUCAAGCGCGUGCACCACGACGUCGUUGUAUCGCGUGAGCCGUUCCAGGACCUCUACCAGGCCCUCAAGGAGCGGCACAAGCAGCUGGACAGCCGUGUACCCCAGCCGUGGAGCACAAAGGUUGAGGACGUCAAGCGACACGUGUGGAAGAGUGUGCGAGACGGAGGCUCACCCGACGACCGUUUGUUGCCAAACAACAUUGCAACUUGGGGAUCACAGGACAUUGCUAUCGCCGCCUUUCUCAUGCUGCUCUGGCGCGACAUUUACCCUCCGCGAGAGGGAAGCGAGGUGGGCAUGGAGUGGGACAAGUGGGGUCGCCCACCAGGGGGCUUUGUUGAUCUCGGAUGCGGCAACGGACUUCUGGUGCACAUUCUAGUAUCCGAGGGAUACGCUGGGCGAGGGUACGAGCUGCGGCAACGUCGCACCUGGCCGCAGUACCCCGAGGCAACGCGGUGUGCGCUCGUCGAACUUCCCAUCGAUAUGCCGUCAUUGUUCCCAAGUACGAUCGGGGAAUGGGAAGCAGGCGCGUGGCCGGGUCGCGGAGCGAAUGUCAUCCCCGACGACUCAUUCCUUCUCGGCAACCACGCCGACGAGCUUACGCCGUGGAUCCCUCUCCUCUCGCUCCUCCCUGCCAAGCCGAUCCCUUUCCUCUCGCUCCCAUGCUGCCUGCACACGCUUGAUGACAAGUUCACGUCCAACGAGUUCAACCCACCGGCGCACGCGCACACUCCCGAGGGUGGCUUUGAGGCCGGCCUUGACCCCGGUGCGAGCCGGUACAAGGCGUAUGUCAUGUGGCUUGGGUGGUGGGGCCUUCAGUGCGGUUGGAAGUGGGAGAAGGAGAGCCUGCGCAUCCCGUCCACGCGUGGGUGGGGCAUCGUCGCACGCAGUCGCUGGACAAAGGAUGCCGCCGAGGACCGUGCGUGCCGCCAGUGGGCUCUUGACCAAGUGCUCGGUGUGCGCGGCCGUGGUGAGUUCAAGGUGCGCGCCAAGGAGGGCAAGGAGCACUAG